AAAAAGUCUAAGCCUCACUAUAUAAACCACCCCACACGCGGAGGGAAAGAAGGUGUCCUCAUUAAGUUUCCUCUUAAGAUCGAAUCGCUUCUCGCUCAGAGCUCCUGGAGUAACCGUCGGAAAAUCUCGCAGCGUCUCUCUCUCUGAGACUAUCGAAUCGGUGGAAGGAGAUUCGCCUGAUCGAAAGUUCGUGAUCUAUUUCGUAGUGUGUGAUUUUUAAUUUAUCUUUUUGUAGGUUUCCGUGAUUUAGAUUCUUCGUUCGUUCGUUCGUUCGUUCCCUUGGAUGUUUUCUCUGGUGAUUGAUUGUUCUCAUACGCUUUUAGCUUUGAUUGAUUUGGUUCAGAAGAAGCUGUAGCUUAAGACUCUUGUUUUCAAGAAUCUAGGUGGUAAUGCAAAUAGGUUGGGUCAUAGACCUAAUAAUCCAUCUGACACGUGUUUGGAUUUGGUGAACCGUGCUCAUGAAUCAUCGUUGGAGUUGUUGUGUGUGUGUGUCUCAGAGAUUCAAGGUGAGAGUCUGAGAGCCUUGGAUCUACUACAAGUAUUGAUUCUUUGGAAACAUUCCUUCUUGUGUUGCUCUUUCUCUUCGCUAACCCAGACUUGUGCUUGUGCUGUCUUCAUCCUACAUACCUUGAUCAUGCAACUCCUAAACCUUCUCUGUUUAUUAUCUAAAGUGGAUGGACAGAGGUUCCUCGUAGUUGCUCUUGGAGAAAGUGUCCUGGUUGCUCACUGUUGUCUCAUCUAAGUGUCACCUUGAGUUUCCCUUAGAGCAUUUGGAGCUUGUGAACUAAGUAGAAUGUUCUCGUGUCUUUUUAGUCCCUUUGGUUACUGGUACAUCCUUCAGGCCAGAUUCAAAGAUGGAUGAUAACUAAAGAGUACUCUUCAGGCUUUUAAUUCCUUUAGUAAAAAAUUCUGAUUCAUACUGAAGUAAUAUUGGUGCAGAGUGGCAAUGGGAGGUUGGGGAUAUCCGGUUUAAACCGGAUAUGUUUUCCCAGAUUUCAAGAACUGAAGUGAGCUAAGCUUUUCUUUCUGUACGAAGGCUCCAUCAACCAAGAGGGCUGUGUUUAGUUUUUAUAAAAUUUUGUAAAUCUUCUUGUUUUGAUGUUACUUGCCUCUUGGAGAAAGCUUAUUGGAGCCGUUUCGUAACUGGAUUGUCUUGGUGAUGAUUGGAUUGGUCUACUGCAAUGUAGAUGGAAGCAACAGUUCAUCCAGUUUUUUCAGGUGACAUAUUACUUGGAAAUGAUGAAUAUGUGUUCUAAAUCUUUUCUUGCUUGCAGGUUACAUAAGCUUUUCCAUCAGCUAGACAGUAUCAUUCACAGAUAGUUCGUAAUGGAGGGGGUACAUUUCAACCAUUUCGUUGAGCAGCCCCAGAAGACUGACCGAGAGAAGAGUGAGAUGCUCAGCCCUCAUUCACGCAAUGAAGAAACUGAGUCGGUGAUUCUCGAACUCGAGGCGGCAGAGUCAUCAUUAAAAGAAGUCCUUGACAGAGGACUAAUGGAGCAUGGAUGUCCUCAUUACAGAAGAAGGUGUUGCAUUAGAUCUCCUUGCUGUGAUGAGAUCUUUGGUUGCCAUCACUGUCAUUAUGAGGCGAAGAACAAUAUAAGUGUAGAUCCGAAACAGAGUCAUGAUAUUCCUCGCCAGAAAGUUGAACAGGUUAUUUGCUUACUCUGUGGCACUGAACAAGAGGUUCGCCAAAAUUGUACCAACUGCGGAGUGUGCAUGGGGAAGUACUUCUGUGAAGCCUGCAAGCUCUACGAUGAUGAUACAUCUAAAAAGCAGUAUCACUGCGACGGCUGUGGAAUCUGCAGAAUCGGCGGACAUGAAAAUUUCUUUCACUGUUACAAGUGUGGCUGUUGUUACUCAAUCCUUCUCAAGAACAGCCACCCUUGUGUUGAAGGAGCAAUGCAUCACGACUGCCCCAUUUGUUUUGAGUACCUGUUUGAAUCAAGGAACGAUGUAACAGUUUUGCCCUGCGGACACACCAUCCAUCAGAAGUGUUUGGAGGAAAUGAGAGAACAUUACCAAUACGCGUGCCCGCUUUGCUCAAAAUCUGUAUGCGACAUGUCAAAGGUGUGGGAGAAAUUUGACGUGGAGAUUGCUGCUACACCAAUGCCAGAACCAUACCAGAACAAAAUGGUUCAGAUCCUCUGCAACGACUGUGGGAAAAAAUCGGAGGUGCAGUACCAUGUGGUGGCUCAGAAAUGUCCAGACUGCAAAUCAUACAACACUCGCCAAACCCGAGGCUGAACCGAAGCAGGAUUUUGAAAGUUGGUUUGCUAUCAGAUGCAAUUUUAAGAGCAAUGUACUUGAGUCCAUAGUGUCAUUGGCUCCUUCAAUCGAGGGCUCAUCUCUCGAGUCUCAUCUCUUGUUCAGUAUUAACCAGCUGAGCGCUUGUUAGCUGGCAUAUUCUGUAAUAAGUUCUAGUCGUUUUCCGUUAAAACAUGUCUCCUUUGUCACUCUUGAGUCGUUAGUUUAUGUGGUUGGUUCGAGGAAUACUACAUGGCAAACCAAAACCAAUUUUUUUUUGACAAUCACUAAAACCAUUUAAA